AUGUCCCUUUUCAAUGAAACCCAGUUUCAAGUCUUCUCCUUUCUGUUGCUUGGAAUCCCAGGACUGGAAAAAUUUCACAUCUGGAUUGGCAUUCCAUUUUGUGCUGUGUAUAUGAUUGCACUCUUUGGGAACCUCACUAUUCUGUAUGUGAUUCAAGCCGAAAGCAGCCUACACCAACCAAUGUUUUACUUCCUGGCCAUGCUAGCUAGCAUUGACUUGGGACUCUCCACAGCCACCAUACCUAAAAUGCUUGGGAUCUUCUGGUUCAAUCUCAGAGAGAUUUUCUUUGAAGCCUGUCUUACCCAAAUGUUUUUCAUUCACAAAUUCACACUUAUGGAAUCAGCCGUUCUUUUGGCAAUGGCUUAUGACCGCUAUGUGGCCAUCUGCAAUCCACUUAGAUAUAGCACUAUCCUCACCAACAAGGUUGUUUCUUUAAUUGGUCUUGGUGUGUUCGUGAGGGCAUUUAUAUUUACCAUGCCAUUUGUAUUUCUUAUUUUGAGAUUGCCUUUCUGUGGGAAUUAUGUCAUUCCCCACACCUACUGUGAACAUAUGGGUCUUGCUCGACUCUCCUGCGCCAGUAUCAAAAUCAAUAUUAUUUAUGGCUUAUGUGCAAUUUGUAAUUUAGUGUUUGACAUUGUAGCCAUUGCCCUGUCAUAUGCUAAAAUCCUCAAAGCUGUUUUCCGUCUCCCUUCCCAUGAAGCCAGACUUAAGUCUCUUAGCACAUGUGGAUCACAUGUAUGUGUGAUUCUUGCCUUCUACACACCAGCCCUCUUUUCAUUUAUGACACAUCGCUUUGGCCGGAAUGUCCCCCGCUAUAUUCACAUUCUCCUGGCUAAUCUUUAUGUUGUAGUUCCACCAAUGCUCAAUCCUGUUAUAUAUGGUGUCAGAACUAAACAGAUAUAUACUAGUGUAAAGAAAAUAUUAUUACAGAAGCAAAGAGUAAAAAAAGAAGGGCACUAG